GCUCAUAAGGAGGCGAUGCAUAGGCCCCGAAGGUUUCAAAGAGCCUCCUUCGGCAUGCCUCCGUGGCUGGAAGGCCCCGUCCGGCGUAGCAGGGGCUACGCUCGGAGGGGUGGCCGCCUCCUCCCUAUGUCCCCCUUCGCUCUCCUCCUCUUUGCUUUCUUUGCUUCUGCUCCGGCUCCGAACCUCUCUCCUCCCGGCUGGUGGUGUCGGGGCUUCCCAAGAAAACGAUAUGGCAGCUUCGCGGAGGUGGAGUUGCUGUCGCAGCUGGGCGCACUGCUCUGUCCCGAGAUGCCCUUGGAGGAGAUGUUUCGAAGCUUUCCUGGGAAAGACCUGCCGGACUGGGGAGGCCACUACUUGAGCCCCGACCUCGUGCUUUGGGGUGUUCUGAAGGAUCCGGAGGCCGCGCUCUUCAUCGAGUACGACGGUUUCUAUCGCCACUUUGAGCCUCGGGGAGUCGCAGCAGAUAGGCGCAAGACCAGAGCCCUGCUGGCCUAUGCGCCGGCCGGUUCUCGCGUGCUGCGAGUGAGCCAUGAGGAAAGGGAGGUAGAUGAUUUGGCGGAAUCGCUGGUGAUAUCCUCGUGGUGGCCUCAGCAUAGGAAGUCCCUCACCGCGUCACUGCUGGAAGUCGUGCAGUUUUUGCUGGGUGUGCCCUCACUUGGGCUCCGUCCUGAUCUGGUUGAGGAUCUCAAGAGAUGCCGAGAGAAAGACUUCCGGCUGUCGGAGGCAGCAUCAUUAUUUUCAUGCAAUGCUACACUGGCAGGUAAUCCUGGUGCAAAGCUAGCAGAGUUGAAGGACUUUCUGAUUUCACGGGGUUUGGGCGAAGGGGAGGUUGCCAAGGGCCUGGGCCUGAGUGACAACGAAGUUGCUAAGGCAGUUUCCAGAUUUCCGCAGCUUUUGGGCUACAGCAUCGGCGAGAAUCUGCAGCGAAGCGUGAACUGGUUGAAGGGCUUGGGCUUGAGUGACAGCGAGGUUGCCAAGGCCGUUUCGAAAUAUCCACAGUCGUUUGGUUGCGGCAGCGUUUCUAACAGCUUGGAGCCAAUGGUGAGCUGGCUUGUCUGCAUCGGUGCGAGCAGAUUGGAUAUCAAGCAUCUAAUUCGUCGCUUUCCAAUCAUCAUGUCGCUGAGCCUGUCCAGGAAUUUGAGACCCAAGAUGCAGCUUCUGCGACAAUAUUUCUCGCUUGCGGAUGCUCUUGCAUUAGUUGUGGCAGAUCCCCGCAUCUUUAGUUACAGUGCCUCGCGCUUGCACGAACGCCUGGCACUGCUCGCAAGCAGGGAGCAGCUGGUAAACUUCUCCGCAGCACUGCGCAUGACGGAGUCAAGCUUCGAAUCCAGAUAUGGGGUGCAAACUUGCAAAUGCCUGCACUGGCUAACGUUUGAGACCUUCGAAGUCCUGAUGAGCGUGCACAGCGUGCAGGACAUCCAGAACGACGGUCUGUUCGGCAAGAAGGAGUUCAAGGUGAAGGCAAGCUUCAACUGGAGCAACACGGAGACCUCAGGGACCCAGGACAUGCGCUGGGAGCAGACGAAGAAGCUAGAGAUACCCCAAGGCGCCGCCGAAGGGAUUAUCAGCCUCUGGUCACUGGGGACCAUCAAGGACUCGAAGGUGGCAUCCUACUCUUUGGACACGAAGAAGGACAUGCUGGACAAGGCCGAGUCCUUCUUCGGGAAGAAGCAGAAGCUCAAGCUUCAGUACAAGGGGAAGACGGUUGGAACUUUGCUGAUCACCUUCAGGAAGCGAGGGAAAGGCGAGGGCGACAUUGGGGACUGCCCAAUCGACGGUAUUGACGAGGACUCGCCGUUGCUGAUCGACAUCAACAAUGCCAUCCAGGAGAUGGUCAAGAAGAAGGAGCUCCAGCCUUUGCAGAAAGGCGAGAAGUUGGAUGGUGAGCGCAAGAUCGCCGUGCUGGCCAAGACCCUUCAGGGCGAUCUGCGAGAGAUCGACUUAGAGGGCACAGAGAAGGGCAAGGUCCACGUGCGUACCAUCUACUGCAACUUCGCCGAGCUCAAGGGGGAUGACAUGAAGGAG